GAACAGAUCCAGAAAACUAGCAAGCUCUUCUUUUUCCCUCUCUCUCCUCUUCAAAUUCUUGCCAUGGCGCCAGCUCUCUAUUUCAGUUGCAGAGAUAACCAAAAGAAAAGAAGAAUUGAACAAGAAGGAAGAAGAACAGAGCUGCGGAACCCUAAUUAUUGUCACACAUGCACUGUGCAAUUCAACCAUCCUUUUCCCCGCGCGUGUUCACUAUCCUUUCUCUCUACCAGCUGGGAGCUUCGCCGAACGACAUCGGAGGUUGUAAAAUUUCGAAACAAAGAUGAGUCUCGUUGACACCAGGAUUGACAUUGGCAAUUUUGGCGGUGAUCCUGUGACGGAGUUUCUUCACCACCAGUCCAAUUCCUUGCCGUUCCUUGCCUUGUAUGGCUUCUCCAAUCAAGGAAGCUUUUCGUACAGUAAGCUUCCGGCGAGGCCGAUUACGCUCUCUGUUCUCAAGCUCGACGGCUCCUGCUUCGAUAUCCAAGUUAAGCAUCUUGCUACGGUUGGUGAAUUGAAGCAGGCGGUGGAGGCUGCCUUCAGCUACAUGCCGCAGAAGGGCCCGGGCAAAAUCUCAUGGCGGCAUGUAUGGGGGCAUUUCUGCUUAGGUUUUCAUGGCCAAAAGCUACUCUCUGAAGCUGACUCCAUUAGCUGUUUUGGGAUUAUGGAGGGUGAUCAGCUCCAAUUCAUCCGGCAUCUAUCAACCAGCUGCAGCUUCACAAAGAAAGGCUCCUUUAGAGGGAUAUUAAGUUCAGAAAGAAACAAAAUUUCGAUAACAGCACCAAGAAGAGCAGCUGCUGCUGCAGAAAUAGAGCUUAAUGCUGAUGAUGAUGACUGUUUGAGUGAACUGGAGAAUGGAACGUAUUGUCACAAGGACAACAGCCAUCUGGGGAUGAUUGAACUUCAAGAAGUCAUCAACGACCCGAGCUUAACGAGUCCAUGGUUCCCUUACUCGAGGCUUUCACCAAGGGAGAAGAAGAGAAAGUUUAUGGUAUCUCCCUUGAGAUACAGAUGUGGCUUCUUCUGCGGGUUCAAAAACAUGGUCCAGUUUUGUGGUAAUCGGUGUUAACAAUCACGUUCCCCCAACAAUUACUAAACCAUGAUCAGUCUAUAUACCCAUUUGAAAGGUGGAUUACAAAAGAAAAGUGUCUGUACUAAAAGUUGUAUAGAAGCCAGGCCAUAUCCUUGUAGAAAAUUUUGGACAGAAAUUUUGGACUAUAAUGGUAAAAGUAUUCCUUCAUCCCUUACCCCCUGACCCCAAAGUAUCAAUUCUCGAUAAAUGCGAGUAAGUCGC